AUGUUAAGAAAUACAAACUUUUGUGAUGUAUGUGGUGUACAAGUUAAAUUCAACACAUCACUGACUUACCAGUUAUUACAGUCAACUUUAAUAAUUUCACCACUAUCCAGAUAUCCAACAGGCACCAGUCCACCAGGACCUUCUGUUCCACUAGGACCUUCUGGGCCACCAGGACCUUCUGGGCCACCAGGACCUCCUGGGCCACCAGGACCUCCUGGUCCCCCUGGUCCACCUGGACCUCCUGGUCCACCUGGUCCACCUGGACCUCCAGGACCACCUGGUUCCCCAAUAUCUGGAAUAAGUGUAACAUCUGUAGGUAACUCUGGGCCUCCUGGGCCACCAGGGCCUCCUGUGCCACCAGGGCCUCCUGGGCCACCAGGUCCACCAGGACCACCAGGGCCUCCUGGGCCUCCUGGCUUUCCAACAUUUUCUGGUAUUUUCAAUUCUUCUUUCUCUUCAGGAGAUAAUGUAGGUCCUCCAGGGCCACCUGGUCCAUUUGGUCCUCCAGGUCCAUUUGGCCCACCCGGCCCAUUUGGUCCCCCGGGUCCAUCAGGUCCUCCAGGUCCACCUGGUCCUCCAGGUCCUCCAGGGCCACCAGGUCCUCCAGGGCCACCAGGGCCUCCUGGGCCAUCAGGUUCACCAACAUUAGGUGGUAAUGUCUCAUCAGAUUUUAGAGUUGGGCCAUCUGGUCCUCCAGGACCACCAGGCCCGCCUGGUCCACCAGGACCUCCUGGUCCUCCUGGGCCACCUAGUCCAAGAGGACCACCUGGACCACCAGGGCCUAAUGGUUCUCCUGGUUGUGGUAGUUCAUCUUUUUCUUCAGGUGAAAGUGUAGGUCCUCCUGGUCCACCAAGACCAUUUGGUCCACCAGGACCCCCUGGAAUUAUUGUGAAAGAAAGAAAUAAAUGCUUAUAA